AUGCCGGAAGCAGUGCGACGCAAGGUCAACGAGAUCAAUGGAGGCGCGAAUGGGAAUGCGCACCACCAGCUAGACAACGCGGUACAUUCGAUUGAGCAGAAGCUGGAAGAGCAAGCAGAGCUCCAUGCGCGAAACCCCCAGGAGCAGAAGGAAGCAGGACUUUUCCAGUUGGUGAUCUGCGUCGCUGGUAUUUAUGGAAGUUUCAUGACUUGGGCAUGGAUCCAAGAGCGAUUAACAACCACUACUCACGGUCCCAACAACGAGCGCUUCACAUACUCCAUCUUCCUCAACACCGUUCAAUCCGCCUUCGCUGCCAUAACCGGCCUUGUCUAUCUCAACUUGUCAGCGAGGAAGGACCCUAAAACCGGCGUGCGCAAGGUGCUCCCCAUCUUCCCCUCCAAAGACAUUCUCAUGCCGCUCCUCGGAAUCGCCGUCACCUCAUCGCUCGCCUCCCCCUUCGGAUACGCGAGUCUGAAGCAUAUCGACUAUGUCACCUUCAUCCUGGCCAAGAGCUGCAAGCUGCUACCCGUCAUGUUCCUCCAUAUCUCGCUAUUCCAGAAACGAUACCCAAUGUACAAGUACGCCGUUAUCGGCUUCGUAACCUUGGGUGUAGCGGUUUUCACUCUACACAGCCCUUCAACUGCGAAGAAAGCCGCCAAGAAAGGUGUCAACGCGGACGCUUCGCAAACUAUCGGUCUCGUCUUGCUCGGUGUCAAUCUACUUUUCGACGGCCUGACCAACACCGUCCAAGACCACAUUUUCAGCAGCUUCAAAGGCUUCACUGGGCCCCAAAUGAUGUGUGCGCAAAAUAUCAUGUCCACAGCGCUAACAGUAUCUUACCUCCUCAUUACCCCUCUCCUUACUUCUACUCCCCUCGCUGCCUGGAUCGGUCUCGACCCUCGUUCUACUUCUGGUGAACUCUCCGACGCGCUCUCUUUCAUAACUGCCUACCCCGCUGUCGGCUGGGACGUCCUCAUGUUCUCGGCCUGUGGCGCUAUAGGCCAGGUCUUCAUCUUCCACACCUUGGCUCACUUUAGCUCGUUGUUACUUGUUACGGUCACAGUUACGAGGAAGAUGCUAACAAUGGUUUGGAGUGUGUGGUGGUUUGGUCAUGAGAUUACGGGGAUGCAGUGGCUUGGUGUUGGGCUGGUAUUUGGUGGAAUCGGGGCUGAGGCUGCGGUGGGAAGGAUGGAGAAGGCGAAGAAAGCUGCGGCGAAGAAGAAGGAGGAGGAGCAGAGAAGGAAGAGGUAG